GCAAGUCACGUGACGAAGAUGGUGGUCAUGUGACCGUUCCGCAUUUUCACCAGGAAAUCAGUCGCAUGGCGCGUGAUUGACUGUUUACAUUCUCGAAACACAUCAGACUGGACUUUUAAACAUCUUUUAGAGAACCAUAAUGACAUUGCCAUUUUCGUUUUUAGGCCUCGGAUAAACUUUAAAUCGUCACAAAUCUUAAAAGAUUAAGUAUUUGAAUGGGCGUUCAUUAACGUACACGGGAGUCUCAUCGGCAGGAUGAGAGAAACGGCUCUUUUUAUUCUGCUCGCCGGAAUAAUCACCACAGCAAGAGCUGACAGUAAAGACGGUUGUCUAGCACUGAAUUUCGGUCAUGGCUCGGUUGUGUGUGUGUGCAAUGCGACAUACUGCGACUCUCUCGGCCGGACUGUGCUGCCAGAUGCUGGUCAGUUCUUAUCAUAUGUCAGCAAUAAAGCUGGCAGCAGACUGAUGGAGAGUCAAGGACAGUUCCAGAAGAACAGCACAGGUGCAGCUCUCAGAAUCACUCUGAACCCCAGUCAGAAGUUCCAGCACAUUAAGGGAUUCGGGGGAGCCAUGACGGAUGCAGCAGCCAUUAAUAUUUUGUCUCUGUCUUCCGGAGCUCAGGACCAGCUGCUCAGACAGUACUUCUCCACAGAUGGUAUAGAGUACCGUUUCGUGAGAGUGCCGGUGGCCAGCUGUGAUUUUUCAACUCGACUCUACACGUAUGCUGACACUCCAGAAGACUACGAUCUCCAGAACUUCACCCUGGCCAAAGAGGAUGUUCACAUGAAGAUUCCCCUUCUGCAGCGGGCACAGGCUCUAUCUGCUCAGCCUCUCUAUCUGUUCGCCAGUGCCUGGAGCGCCCCCGCCUGGCUGAAGACCAACGGCGCACUGAUAGGGAAGGGCUCCCUCAAAGGCAAACCAGGAGGCAAAGAACACAAGACCUGGGCUCAGUACUAUAUCAGGUUUCUAGAGGAAUACAGGAAGUAUAAUCUUUCGUUCUGGGGGCUGACGUCAGGGAAUGAGCCCACUGCAGGUGAAAUGACAAAUUACAGUUUUCAGGCUUUGGGUUUUACUCCGGAGACGCAGCGUGACUGGAUUGCCCUGGAUCUAGGUCCAGCACUCCAUUCCUCAUCCUUUUCCAAGACCCAACUAAUGAUUCUUGAUGACAACCGCCUUAUGCUGCCACAUUGGGCCAAAGUGGUUCUAAGUGACAUUAAAGCAGCACGAUAUGUCCACGGCAUUGGUGUUCACUGGUAUUUUGAUCGCCUUGUGCCGCCUGACGUCACCCUGACCUCCACACACCAUCUGUACCCUGAUUACUUCCUAUUUGCAACUGAGGCAUGCGCUGGGUGGAGUCCAGUGGAUCGUGGUGUGCGUCUGGGCAGCUGGGACAGGGCAGAGGACUACGCCCAUGACAUCAUCCAGGACCUGAAUAAUUAUGUGACCGGCUGGACCGACUGGAAUUUGGCCCUUAAUCAGGAUGGAGGACCCAACUGGGUCAAGAACUUUGUGGACAGUCCCAUAAUUGUGGACCCAAGCAAAGAUAUAUUUUACAAGCAGCCCACAUUCUACAGCAUGGCCCACUUCAGCAAGUUCCUGUGGGAGGAGUCUCAGCGAGUAGGUGUGUCCUUUAGUCAGCAGACCAGCCUAGAAAUGUCUGCAUUCAUCAGACCUGACGCCUCAGCAGUAUUAAUCAUUCUAAACAGGUCUGAAGAGGAGGUGCCAUUUGAAGUCUGGGAUCAAACGGUGGGCUUUUUGCCAGGAAGUGCUCCACCUCACUCCAUUCUCACACUACUGUGGAACAGACAGUAAACAAAAUCUGGGUCAGUAACCCAUAUAAGCACCUUAAUAAGGAACUCUAAUCAUUUCAGUCAUGCCUUAAGACAGAAACAUCCGAAAGCUUAACAACCAUGAUUAGCAAAUAAAUUAUUUCAAUACUGAGUCGAUAGUGAUUUAAAGUCGAAAAUACAUUUGCUUUAUAGGCUGUAAUACUGGGUUCACAUCAGACACCAAACAGAGCGUCACUUGCUCUAGAUUAGAUAUAGAAUGUUUAUGGAGAGAAAGCUUAAAAAUGUGCAAAUUUUAGAUCUUGAAGAUUGUGUUGUUACUUUUACACAUGAAAAGUGCAAUGUAUGAGUAAACUACUUGCAAACACAUAUUUGACAAAUUUAGUUUGAGAUUUUAAAAGCCCCAGCUACUGGGCCAGCUUGAACACAUGAACGUGAUUGGCUGCUGAGAAUUAUCAUUAGACCAUUACUGUUGGCCAAGAAGAUGGCUGUCCAAUCCUGUACUUUAUACCACCAAAAUGCCUCUAACUUGUAAAGGAUCCAAUUUUUUGUGUGUUUUUCUUCCACAUUGAAUAGACAGUAUUAAAACAUACUUUAAAAUAAACAUCACUGUACACUGAGUGCAAAAAUCUGCCUUGUUGGCUGAAGGCUGAUUUAUACGUUUGCGUCGAGUGCACGCAGCCUGUGUGUGGUCGCAUAGCCCGUCUCCAACGCUGACCUCCCAAAAAAUGUAACUACAAGUCGCAAGGAUGCGUAGUGCAAGCUCUGUGAUUGAUCGGCUUGGUAGCGCUGAUGAGUGUGGGCAGGGCUGAGAGCUGCGCGAGCCUGAUCAAGCGAGUGUCAACAAAUAUCGAGUCAUGGGAAGGAGCUCCAGAUAGAAACUGUUGUUUUGUGUUUACCUUUUGAUUAAGUUGUUGCAUUUACACUUCUGUGUGCUGUUUGUGUAGCUCUGCAAUAACACUAGCUGGCAGGAGGUGUUUUUGUUCCUCUGUGUUGUUUCUUUGCUGGUGUUUUUUUCCUGAACACUACCUAUAUGUUCAAGUAACUCAAACUCACUCUUUUAGAGGUGGGAAACAGCAGGCAAGCAACAACUUUAAUCAUAAGGUAAACACAAAACAACAGUUUCCACCGAGAGCUUUUUUCCCAGGACUCGACACUUGCAAACACUCGCUCCAUCUGGCUUGCGUGACUAUCACCUUCGCCCACACUCGUCAGCCGACCAAUCACAGAGCUAGCACAAUGCAUUGUUGCAACAUGUAGUUAAAUUUUUUUAGAGUUGCGCAUCAGCAUCGCCGUCGGCCACGUAACCAUGUAUAGGCUGUGCCGGAGCAUACAAGUCGUGCCGAUCACUCGAUGGAGAAGUAUAAAAAGGCUUGAGGCUAUGCACAUUAAUUAAGUGCCAAAUUUGUGUAUGAAAUAUAGCUAAACAAGACACCUGAGGCAUUUGAGUCCAAACUUGUUUCAGCAUUGCUAUUGCAAUGUGCGCAUCCACAAUAGUCACAUGGCAGGAUAUGCAAUGUUCGAAUUAUAGUUGCCCAGGAGCUACAGAAACGUAUUUAAUUACUGUCUUUAAUUCUUUUUUAAACAAACAUUUUUUCUAACUUAGAAUUUUUGUCUUGUUUUUAGUCCAAAUAUCUGCAUUUCAAUGCAGCAUCAUUACAAAAGCAAGAUUUGCUUACCCGGCUGAGAGAUAAUUGUACUUGUUUUAAGGAAAAAACUUUUCAUUUUGAUUAAUUCUGAAGGUGAAAACAAAACAAUAGUUUUACUUGCGCUAAGAGUUGUUUUAUAUUUGGACUAGAAAUGAGACAUUGCAAAGUUAGAACAGCAGUUUUUUGCAUUGUGAUCUUUCAAUUUCUGUACCUAAAUACUGUCAGACCAAAGGAAACCAUUAAGUUAUAUUGUUCAAACUAUUCAAAUCUUGUGAAACUGUAUUCAUAUCACAAUAUUUAUCGCAGAAAAAUAAAAUAUUGCAUUAUCAGAUCUUUUCAAUAUCGUCCAGCCCUAUGUCUAACCUCCUUUUGUUAAAUAUGUUCUCUAUUUUUAUAUCACAUAUCAGAUUGAAGGCAUUCGCUUUAAUAGAAAUACAGGAAACAUUCUAAAAGGGACAAUGAGCACGACUGGUAUUUAAUAAUGUGAAGAGUAUACUCGCAUGAAAAAUACUACGGUAAAUUAUAGUCAAUUUUCAAGUCAGGAAGACGCGAGUGAGGUGAAUUCUGCACGUUCAUUUUGUAUCUAAUCUAUUCGCAUUUGUGGUGUGAACCCAGCAAGCUGCUCUCAUCAACUUUUUAGUCUUGUAUUAAUAAUUCUUCUAACACCCCUGGGAAAACUUGAUAUUUAAACAUUCUUGCACUGAUACUGUGAAUUAAAAACCAAAUAAAGACAACAUAUAAAAGCU